AAGCUGAGAGUUUUGUUUCUGCUGUGUUUUGGCACAUUUCCGACACAUUAAUUGUUACAUACUAACAUGUUAUAUGUCAAAAUAGCAUCCACUAAAUGUGUGAGAAGGAAACAUAAAUAAAGCUUGUUCUUUUACUGUCUGGAUGCCAAAAACCUGAUCAUCUGUGAGUGAGCUCUGACUGGAAAUGAAACAGGAGCACCAGGAUCUCAUCCUGCAGGCCUGCGCUGCGUCAUCCCUGCGCGUCGGUGCCAAGAUCCAGACGCUGUGGAGCGGUUAUGGGGAGAUAGUCCGGCUGCACCUGGAGGGCUGCGACCGGCCAUCCGUGGUCGUCAAGCACGUGAAGUUCCCAGAGGAGGCCGAGCACCCCGGCGGCUGGAACACGGACCGCUCCCACGCUCGUAAAGUGAGAUCCUACCAGGUGGAGACGCACUGGUACCAGAACUACUCCACCGAUCCGAACUGUCGGACCCCGGCCUGCCUGGCUGCUUGCUCCCAUGGAGACGAGAUGCUGAUCGUGCUGGAGGAUCUGGACGUGGCGGGUUAUGAUCAGAGAAGGACCAGCGUGAAGGACAGAGAAAUAAAGGCUUGUCUCAGCUGGCUUGCCCACUUCCACGCUCUCUUCCUGGGUGUGUCUCCAGACGGCCUGUGGCCUGUCGGCACCUACUGGCACCUGGAGACCCGUCCGGAUGAGCUGGAGGCCAUGGACGACGCCAAGCUCAAAGCAGCGGCAGGCGACAUCGACAAGACACUCAACGGAUGUCGCUUCAAGACCGUCGUCCACGGAGACGCCAAGUUAGCCAACUUCUGUUUUUCACAGAGCGGACGGGACGUGGCAGCUGUGGACUUCCAGUACGUCGGAGGAGGCUGCGGGAUGAAAGAUGUUGUGUAUUUUUUAGGAAGCUGCAUGGAGGAGAGGGAGUGUGAGAAGAGGGUACCGGGCCUUCUGGACUACUAUUUCACUGAACUAAAGCAAGCCGUGAAGAAAGAUGUGGACUUUGUUGCCCUGGAGACAGAGUGGAGGGAGAUGUUUGUGUUUGCGUGGACAGAUUUCCAUCGCUUUCUGCUGGGAUGGAUGCCCGGACACCGGAAGAUCAACCGCUACAGUAAACAGCUGACAAAGGAGGUUCUUCGCAAACUGAAACUGUGAACAGAGAACUGAGCGUGUGGCUGGAAGGUGACCGGUUUGAAACUGAAAAUCAGUAUAUGUAAAAAAUGUAAUCAGCCACAAACAUCUGUGUACUGAGAAGCAUGCAAAACGUUU